AUAAACCGUUUUUGCACCACACUGUGACUCCGCUCUGUGCUUUGAAAGUGUGUGUGUGUGUGUGUGUGUGUGUGUGUGUGGACACAACACGGAGAUAUGCAACUUCUAAACGCUCUGUGCUUUUAUUUCCUGUCACAGACACGUCACACUAACGCUGACAGUACUACGUGCUGUACUGCGCAGUGAUUGGCUGCUCUGGGUAAACAGAGAGAGAGAGAGAGAGAGAGAGAGAGAGAGAGGCGGGUGUCACGGUUUGACGUCAGCAGUCCUCCGUCCUCCUCGGUGAUCGGUGAUCGGUCUGUCCGCCUCCUGCAGCCCGUCAGACACCGCCGCACGCGCCCACCAAGCGUCCCGUCCCAGCGCGCGGCUUUAUUCUCGCUGUGGUUCCUGCAGGCUGCGGAGCCGGGACCGGAGUCUCUUGUCUCCGCACCCCACCUGUCUCUGCGUGGGUUUUUUUUUUUUGUGUCCUCGUGCUGCGUUUGCUUGCCUGGGUCUCCCGAUGCAAGGAGGCGUGAUGGAGAAGAUGUCGCGCCAUCACAUCCCGCUGAAUCCAAGCUUUCUACCUCCGGCGACGCACGGGGUGCUCAAGUCUCUGCUGGAGACCCCGAUGAAGCUGCCGCUGCAUCACGAAGCUUUCAGCAAGCAGCAGGAGAAGGAGAAGAACCUGGAGGAGGAGCGCAGCGCCCCCCACGCCCCCCAGUCCGCCUUCCUGGGCCCCACGCUGUGGGACAAGACGCUGCCUUACGAUGGAGACACCAUGCAGCUGGAGUACAUGGACCUGGAGGAGUUCCUGUCUGAGAACGGCAUACACUCCGGCCCCUUCCAGCACCACCACAACCAGCACCAACCACACGCUCCGCCACGCCAGCCGCCAAUCAUGCCCCAGUCCCCGCCCACGCCGGCGCCCUCGGUGAUGGACCUCAGCAACCACGCCUCCACCUCCGUACACACGAGCGUCGUCUCUCCGAACUGCCUGCACAGCAGCCCGGCAAGAGAAGGUCAAUGCCUCCCGAACUCCAGGAACACUCCCAGCCCCAUCGACCCAGACUCCAUCCAGGUUCCCGUCGGAUACGAGCCCGACCCGGCUGACCUGGCUCUGUCCAGCGUGCCGGGGCAGGAGCUGUUCGACCCGCGCAAACGCAAGUUCUCGGCCGAGGAGCUGAAACCGCAGCCCAUGAUCAAGAAAGCUCGCAAGGUCUUCAUCCCAGAGGACCUGAAGGAUGACAAAUACUGGGCCAGGCGCAGGAAGAACAACUUGGCGGCCAAGCGGUCCCGGGACGCGAGGCGGCUCAAAGAGAACCAGAUCGCCAUCCGAGCCGGCUUCCUGGAGAAGGAGAACUCUGCUCUGAGGCAGGAGGUGGCCGACCUGAGGAAAGAGCUGGGACGCACCAAGAACAUCCUCGCCAAGUACGAGGCACAGCACGGGCCGCUGUGAGGACACACACACACACACACACACUGAGGAUGACGACCCUGCCUCCUCCUGAUCCACCAGCGACCCCCCUCUCACUUCUCCUCCACACACAGUCCUGAUGGCUCAGCUCUCGGCAGGUAAAGGGUUAAUACAGACACGAACACGGAAACAAGUUGACUUGAAGCUGAACGUCGAAUAUUUCCCCUGAAGGUCCUUCACUGCUGCUGAAAAUAACAUGAUUACAAAACUUAAUUCUGGUGUUGUUCUGUGUUUUUCUUGUCAACAAAUCCAACGUUCAGACUCAACCCAGCAGCACGUCGCUCCGUCUCUCAGCACCGUCUGACUUCCUGUCUGCGGCUCUCAGCUGCGAGCCCAUUGGUUCCUGCUGAAGAUCUUUAAAAACUCCUCACAGAUCUGUAGUUUGAUGUUUAAAAAGGCUCAGUAGUUUCCUCAAACAGCUGCUCGCUGUAGUUUUUAUCAGACCAACAGGAGGAAACAGUGCAUCUGUUGGGGACUAUUUCCAGCGGCGGAUGAAUCCACAUGUGGUGCUGCAGCAGGACGGUGUGUGUGGGGCUGAGGCAGAAUAAACGCCUGUUAGCAGAUACGUUCGCUGCUGGUCUGAGUCUGAACAUACAGAAAUACAGAAAAUCACCAGACUUUUCCUUUAAAUUACAAGAAGUAAAGAAGCACAGCACUAAAAAUAUCCAGAAUAUGAGUCAACGCAUUUUAUUGUUCGCUUUGGCACCGGAUUAUUUCCUGUUUCCGAGCCAGGAGGAUUAUCAACAAAACCUUUCAUGUCUUUAUAAUAUUCCCGGCUCACGAGCUGACAUUUAUCAUCCGUUUCCAUGGUAACAGCCGCCUACCAGCUGCUUAAAGACGGGCGGUUUGCUCCCGAGCGGCGGCCGUCUCCCUGCCGAGAGCUGAGGCCGUUAUUCAGGAUUAUUAAACACGCACACACACACACACACACACACACACACACACCUGUUAGGACGUCUCUUUGGCUCACCACGAACACUAAACGGCCGCCUCAUUAACCCACCGGAUGUCUGACCUCUGACCUCUGACCCCUCCUCUGCCAGUGUACAGUAACGGCACUGCAGAACUACCGACGGCUCGCUCUGUGCAGACUCCGCCCCCUGCAGGUGCUGUUCCCACAAUGCACCUGUUCACAUGUACAUACCCGCCUUCAUUCUGCUCCUGAUGACUUUCUAUAUGAAUGUGUACCGCCUCCUGCCGCUCUCCUAUUGGUCAAUCAGCAGCCUUUUAAGCAGUAUUCUUCUGCAAGGAGCAAACAGAAAGCGCAGGACGUCAUAACUUUAACAUGCACUCGCUGACUUUGAUAUAGCGCCCUGAAAUGUUUUAAGAAACUUUGAAAUUAGUUAUUUUUUUAUACGCCCAAAAUUUGUUAACAGCCCCCAAAAUUUGUAUAAUCAUCAAAUUUGCUGUAACAACAUCAGAGAGUGUUUCGCUUUAAAUACUUCAGCUAUGACAGAAACAGUCAAGAGACGAACCCAAAGACAGAGAACAUUUUCAGUUUGCUUUUGUGGCCCCCGGGGCCCUCGACAGCCUCUUCGUCUGCUUCUGCCUCAGGCUCUUUGCUCACACACGAGCAGGCCGGACGACUGCUUCAGCUCAUGUACAGUUUCUGAUCAGCGCCGCCAUAAUCGACCAGCAAUACAUUUUAUUUUCAGCGUCGGAGGUGAAUUCAGGCUGCAGCUCCGGAGCGUCCGAGGACAGACGGGACGUUUUCCCUGCAGGUCGCCCGUGUAAUGUUUGUCUCUUUGUGUUUGAGAUGAGCGGUAUGUGUCUUGUCACUGUACACGUGCUAAAGUCCUGAAUUUGCUGUGUGCUGCCUGUUCAGACGCAGAAACGGAGACGGGCGGCGGCGUGGAGAUCUCCAUCUCGAUGUGCUUUGAAAGCUGGAAAAUCAAAAGAAUCUAGAGAUUCGGUUUUCAUACACUCUUUUGUUUUCAAUGUACAGUGAUGAAUUGUAGCUUGUUUGUGUCCGUUUGAAAAUCUAUCUAAGCUAAGAACUUAAAAUAAAAAUCCACGAAGAGUCCAAACUCAGCUUUUCAGCUACAUCCAGCCAGUCUCCUCUAACUUUUCAGAAAAGUUUGAAAGAUCAGGAUUCAUUUCAGAUUCCGUUUAACUUGUGUCCGCGCGAGAUGACGUCCUUUCGAUCAUCUUCCGGGGCUUCCCAGGUGCUGCACGUCUGUUUGAGUUUCUUGCUCUCUCAUUUUUAAACUGUGAUCAGCACAUCAUGCUGGAGUGGACGCAGCAGAGGCGUCUGCAGAAACGCACUCCAGCUUUAUGUCCCUCUAACUGGCCUCUUCAGUGGACCGGGCGGAUCCUGUUCUCGCAGGAUGAAUAGAGGAGGAAGGCACGUGCAGGGAUGAGCCGGCCGGCACCAGCUGAGCGGUGACCUGACGUGUCGAGUGCAGCUCGUUACGCAACCUUACGGCAGCGUCACGGAGGCGUGGCAGAGGCAGGUUUUCAGUCUGAGCGGUCCUGAACGUCACCGCGUCGUGCCGUCAGUAAACACGACGCUGUUUUUGUCUUUGCAGGCUCAUUAGUGGAAGCUGAUCUGCGGCUUUUUACAACUUGGGUCUCGUUUCAUUUCAAGUGUUUUUUGGUCGUUGUUGUUUUCUAAAAUAAGACCCGUGUUGUCAAAAAAGAAGAAUAUGAUUUUCCUUUAACAAACUAUUAUAUGCUCUUGCUGUUUAUUGAUCGCUGUCCUCAAACCGUUCACGCUUUUGUUCUGAAGGCGGUGCAAAAGUUAAAGACUCACCUCUGUCUUUUUGAAAUCAUUAUAGAAACCAGGCUCGUUCCCUUCGGUGCAACAGGUGGCUCUUUAUGGCUUUGGCAUGAACUUUGAUUUUCUUUUUCUCUCUGUCAUACUUUCUGAAGUGUAGCUCAGCGCCGAGUACGCCCCCCGAUGGCCGAGUGAGACAUGAAUGUACAUUUGAAGUGAGUGGUGUUGUCUUCUACUGUGGAAUCACUUUAGUACUCUUUACUACAGACCAAAAGAAUACGUUACAUAAAGGAUAUAUUGAUAUAUUAAAGGUUUUAAUGUUUAUACAGAGCUAUUCUUCUUGUUUUUUGUACAGUCUGAUUUCCUACAUAGAUAUUUCCUGUGUAUUUUGGAAAGGUUACAUGAAUAUAAGCAGAAUAUUACACAUAUAAAUAGAUUCAGAAACAUUACCAAAACACUGUGCCCGGCCAGUCCGGGCGAUGCAUGGGCAUUACGAAAAUCCUCCAAGGUUUGUUUGUGUCCGAUCCUUUCCUCCCUGCGUAGUCAAAAUACCUCAGACAGCCUCCAUCACACCUGUGCAGGUGUUUUUGCACCAGGUGCUCCGCUCGUCCUCUUUCGCUUUUCGGCGAGGACACAGUCGCCUCCUUGUAGAUGCUUACGUAGCUUCUCGGCUGGAUUUGGCCCAGAGGAAUGUAUCCACCCGCCCUGAAGCACUUUCUUCUUUCUCCUGUUCGGUCGUUCCUUUUGUUCGGUGUGAUUUCUCUCUCUCUGCUUCUUCAGAGCCUCUAAUAUUCUCUGUUCUGUUUCAAUCUGUGUUCAAAGAUAUUUUUCCUAUAUUUGUCCUCGAUUAUGUUUCUAAUGAUCAAAAUAAGAAUAAAGAAAUAAAAGUUUAAA